GGAGCCGCGUCGGCCUGUGGGGAGCCGGGGUAGCUGUUGGCUUGGUGUCGAAGUGGCGCCUUCCUCCCCCCCCCCCCCCCCGCCCCCUCGCCUGUCUUUGCUCGCCGCUGUUUUUCUCCCAGUGGGCUCCCCUUCCCUUCCGACCCCCGACAUUCCUGCUAGGGGAGUCGCUUGUUCGUCCGCCGGAUGGAGGGAGGCCGGUGCGUGCCCCUUUCCCCGGUCACCGCCGUGCAGAAUAAUGCUCCCUUCCCUCCCAUUCUGAAGCGCUUCCACCCGCUCUACUUCAAGAGGGAGGGUAGACGCCUUCGCCCCCCUCCCCUCGCUCUGCCAUUCCCUCAGACUUAUGCUUAAAGGUGGGAAGAACGGGCACAAAUUCUGAGGCGGUAGGCUGGACCGUGCCAUGUAAGAAAGAAAUACGUUGAAAGCUGGAAAAGAUGAAACAACUGAAAAGGAAAAGGAAAAGCAAUUUCAGUGUUCAGGAGACCCAAACUUUACUUAAAGAAAUCCGAAAAAGAAGAGAGGUGCUUUUUUCCAAACAGCUAAAUACAACUAUUAACGAGAUGAAGCGGAAGGCUUGGGAAGAAAUUGCAGAAUGUGUGAAUGCUGUAGGUGAAGGAGAACAAAGGACUGGGACAGAAGUCAAAAGGCGAUACCUUGACUGGAGGGCCCUUAUGAAACGAAAGCGACUAAAUACUAACAUAAAGUUGGUUGGAGCUGGCUUUCAUCUUCCUUCAUCUGAUCUGGAUGAUUCUCUCAAUGAAGAUAUUGAUGAGAAAAUAGGUUUUCCAAAUGAAUCUAAUUUUGAAUGGCAAAAUAUCACAGACUUCAGAGAAGCAGGGGGAUCAUUAACUGAAGUAAAAGUAGAAGAAGAGGAGGAAGAUCCACAAAGUUUUGAAUUUCCUAUUGAGGAAGAAGAGGAGAUUUUGUCUUCAGUUUUACCAGAUUCCAAAAAGGAAAGUGAUCUUCCUGAUUUCACCCAUAUUGAAGAAUUUGGAAAUCUAAGUUCUGCUCAAGCUAGGCUGGCUUAUGAAGAUUCCCACUUGCUGAUUAGCUUAGAGAAGCAGAAGCUAGAGCUGGAAAAACAACGCCUGGAUAUUGAAGCGGAACGAUUACAAGUUGAGAAGGAGCGUCUGCAGAUUGAAAAAGAGCGGUUGAGGCACAUUGACCUGGAACAUGAGAGGCUUCAGCUGGAAAAAGAGCGGUUACAAAUUGAGCGGGAGAAACUGAGGCUUGAAGCUCAGCAUGGUGAAAAACCUAUCUUGGAGAAUGAUCCAAACCAGGCAGAAAAGCCUGUCUUACAACCUUUGGAUUUAGAAACAGAAAAACUGAAAAUUGAGAAAGAGCGUUUGCAGCUUGAGAAGGAGAGGCUGCAAUUCCUGAAGUUUGAAUCAGAAAAGCUGCAAAUUGAAAAAGAACGCUUGCAAGUAGAGAAAGAGCGGCUUCGAAUUCAGAGAGAAGGACAUUUGCAGUGAACUUGGAAGAAAUCAUUACCAAUGUGGUGUUUUGUUGUUUGUACUUUUUAAAAAAAUCAGAAUUGUACUUUUGUUUCAUUAAAAGUGUUGGGUGGUCUGGUCUUCAAAGCAUUUCACUACUAAUGUUAUCACUUUGCUACUGUGGUAAUUACACUUUGAGAAUACUUUUGUUUUGGCCAUAAUUGAGCAUUAAUGUAUUCAUUAAAAAAAGCUGGGAAUUGGUGCUCAGUAAGUUGUUGUGCCUGUAUAAAUAGAAUCUAUUUGUGAAAUUACAUUUUGGUGAAACAGAAGAAGUGUCAAUAUCCUCUUGUAUUCUCUGUUGUGAAACUUGACAUCCACAUUAAGAAUCAAGGCUUGGCUGUGUCUUGUCAUUUUGAGAGGGUUAUUCUGAAUCCCUAGGAACCUUUAAUGUAAAUUUGUGUCUGAGCUGAAGAAGUAACUUUGAAAUAGGCCUUGCACAAUAAAGUUAACCUCAAAAGUUAUGCCUUUAAUGUAAGGCAUGUUCUUAAGAGAAAUUAAGGCCAGAGAUUAAAGCUCUUACUGUUUUUGUUCUCAGUAUAUUUGUAAAAAAAAAAAGAGAGAGAAAAGUUUCAAGUGUAUUAUAAGAGAUUUCACUUUUAUGUCUAAGCUUGACCAAAUUUCCAGCUUCGGUAUAUAAUUUUGGAAGCCAGUUUGAUAUUCAAGUAUUUGAGUUGGAAUAUAUUUCUUGGGAUUUACAUAGAUUAUUUGGAUUUAUCAGUUUAUUUACAUCCCUAUGUAAUUAUUUUUAUUUUGCAAAUAAAAUGUUAUU